UUUCACUGCUUCCCCCAAAAAUAAAAAAUAAAAUGAAAAGGACCAAAUCCCAUUAAAAUUAUGAGAAGAACAGAGAUCUAUCAAUUCUCACUCAGAAUCUAUUAGCUCUGUCAUUUUAUCUCUCUCUUAUGACCGACAUAGUCCAUUCAAGAAAGAAAUAGAAGCUCCCAAAGCAAAAGAAAAGAGAAAAGUAAAAAAGGAAAAAAAAAAAAAGAAAAAGAAAAGAAAAAGGGAGAGAUGGGGAGCUUUACAGGGUGAAAGAGAGUUGCUUUCUUUCUCUGGUUUGAACUUUCUUUUUUGUUCUAUGUGUUUUUGGGCAGUUGCAUUGCAAUCCCAUUUCCCUAUUAGUCUAAAAAAUCUCAGAAGAGUGGAUUAAAAGAGAAAGAGAGGAGAUAAAUGGGUGAGUACAAGAGUUUAUGUUAUGUAGUGCUGGUGAGCCUUAUUGUGAGCUGCAUCACUGGAGAAGACCCAUACAGGUUCUACAACUGGAAUGUCACUUAUGGAGAUAUCUAUCCUCUUGGACUAAAACAACAGGGAAUAUUGAUAAAUGGGCAAUUUCCAGGGCCACAGAUUGAGUGUGUCACUAAUGAUAACUUGAUUAUCAAUGUUUUCAACAGCUUGGACGAACCUUUUCUCAUAUCCUGGAACGGUGUACAGCAGAGAAGAAAUUCAUGGCAGGAUGGGGUUUAUGGCACAAACUGUCCCAUCCCACCAGGCCAAAACUUCACUUAUGUUCUCCAGGUUAAGGAUCAGAUUGGCAGCUACUUCUACUUCCCUUCCCUUGCCUUCCACAAGGCUGCUGGAGGGUUUGGCGGCUUCAAAAUUGCAAGCCGUUCUGUGAUUCCAGUACCUUUCCCUCCUCCUGCUGGAGACUUCACCAUUCUAGCUGGUGAUUGGUACAAGCAAAAUCACACUGAUUUAAAAGCAAUUUUAGAUGGUGGACAUGAUCUUCCUUUCCCUGAUGGGCUUCUUAUCAAUGGUCGAGGGUCAAAUGGUUAUACAUUUACUGUUGAUCAAGGAAAAACAUACAGAUUCCGGAUAUCAAACGUGGGGCUUACAACUUCGAUCAAUUUUAGAAUUGAGGGCCACAAGAUGCUGUUGGUUGAGGUAGAAGGCACGCACUCUCUCCAAAACACCUAUGAUUCCCUUGACAUUCAUUUGGGACAGUCUUACUCUGUCUUGGUUACAGCUGAUCAACUGGCUAAAGAUUACUACAUUGUUGUAUCAACACGUUUCACCACACAAGUCCUUUCGACAACCUCCAUUCUUCAUUACGGCAACUCAGGAAGUGGUGUUUCUGGUUCUCCCCCAGGUGGUCCAACAACUCAAAUUGAUUGGUCUCUUGAGCAAGCUCGAUCUAUCAGACGUAAUUUGUCAGCAAGUGGACCAAGACCUAAUCCCCAAGGCUCCUACCAUUAUGGAUUGAUUAACACCACACAUACGAUCAGACUUGCUAAUGCCGCUCCAAUUAUUAAUGGCAAACAGAGAUAUUCUGUUAAUAGUGUGUCCUUCAUUCAACCUGACACACCACUUAAACUUGCUGACUACUUCAAGAUCUCAGGGGUGUUCUCCCUUGGAAGCAUCCCAGACAGCCCCACUGGUGGUGGUGGUUAUCUCCAGACUGCUGUCAUGAAUGCAGAUUUCAGAGGCUACGCCGAGAUUAUAUUUGAGAAUGCAGAAGAAUUUGUUCAAUCAUGGCAUAUUGAUGGUCACAAUUUCUUUAUUGUGGGGAUGGAUGGAGGACAGUGGACGCCUGCAAGCAGAUUAUCUUACAAUCUGCGGGACACAAUUUCUCGUUGCACUGUUCAGGUAUAUCCCAACUCAUGGACUGCUGUUUACAUGCCUUUGGACAAUGUGGGGAUGUGGAAUGUAAGGUCUGAGAACUGGGUCCGCCAAUACUUAGGCCAACAAUUCUAUCUCCGUGUAUACUCCCCUGCAAAUUCAUGGAGAGAUGAAUAUCCGAUCCCUAGAAAUGCUCUUUUGUGCGGUCGGGCAGUAGGCCAUCGGACUAGGUCUCUGUAAAGCCAGCAUCAUAUUCGUUGGUGUAUAACUACUGUCAUGAGAGGAUGCCAGGGUUUUGAAUGUGAGUGCUGAAGAAGCGGUUAGGAUUUAUAUAAUAUGUUCUUUGUCUUUAUAGCUUACCGGCUUGGUCUUGUUUGAGGAAAUGUUGUUGCUUAAUCCAAUUUAGUAUCAGUUGGAUUUAGUUGUUAUAUAACUUCAAUUCUUUAUUACUAUUUUUCCUUAAAAGGAAAAAUUGUUGCCUAGAUCUCUGAGUCUGUUACAUCCCCCUUGUUCUUAAAUUAAUCAUUUUGUGGAAUGCAAAGACUAUGGCCCUGAUUCUUA